GCAUAAUUCAUUUGUUCAGUACCAUAUACUUCCAAUGGAUUUUGCAAGAACAAAAGAAAAUUUCACUUCAAGAAACACUAUCCCGAGCAACAAUAAUACUCUUUCAGCUCCUCCAUUGAGUCGAUAUGAGAACCAGAAACGUCGAGAUUGGAACACUUUUUGUCAGUACUUAAGGAACUACGGUCCGACCCCAUUGUCGCUUCUUCAUUGCAGCAGUGUUCAUGUUCUGGAAUAUCUAAGGUACCUAGACCAAUUCGGCAAGACUAAAGUCCAUAACCAAAACUGCCCAUUUUUCGGGGUGCCAGAUCCUCCGGCACCCUGCACUUGCCCUUUAAGGCAAGCUUGGGGAAGCCUUGACGCCCUUAUAGGGCGUCUUCGAGCUGCUUAUGAAGAACAUGGAGGGAAUUCAGAAAUGAACCCGUUUGGAGCUCGAGCAGUUAAGCUUUUUUUACGCGAUGUUCGUAAUUUUCAGUCUAAGUCUAGAGGCAUUAGCUAUGACAAAAAAAGGAAAAUAUCAAGAAAAAAUCAGAAGAUAAUAGCAGUGGCAGAAGGUCAUGAUCAGACACAUGAUAAUGCAGGUGCAACUCUAUGUGGACAGACUAAUAUUGUUAAUUAAUGAGUAUUUUUCUAGAGUUUAAUUAACUUUUGGACAAUGUAAAAUCAGAAUAUCAUUUUGCAUAUAUUAACUUUUUUUCAAUUGUAAGGUGGUUUUAGAUAUAGUUUGUUACUAAUAUGUAAUGCUCUCAAGACAGUUACUUUUGUUGUAUUGUUUUUCUUGUUUUUCAUGGGUGAUAGUUGAAGUGGAUAUUAUUACGAUGUUAUGCUAUAAACCUUCUGUGCUGCCACUUCUU